AUGAGAGAGAUCAAGCAGGUUUUAGUAGCAGUCUAUUUUUUCUGCAAUUACAUCUACGCAAAUGAAAACCACCAUCACAAUCAACAACAGCAUGCCGGUGUUCCAUGUGGACAAGAGGAAUUACAACAAUGUGCGAGACAAAUAAAGGCUGUUGAAGCUACAAGAGAAUUCAAUUUCGUUUAUAAUAAGGAACAAUUAGAUCGAAUUUGUCCUGACCUACACAUGGGAUUGGAGUGCAUUCGAAGCUAUUCGCGACGAUGUAUGAGUCAGCAUGAACGAGACCACAUUAAUAAAAUCUACUAUGGCACAAAUGAAAUGAUUAAAGAUUUGUGUAUGGAAGGACAAUAUCAGGAAGAUUUUUUACGAUACUCGCCAUGCAUGCAAAAGGUUAGGAAUGAAUAUGAUCAUUGUAAAACUGAUUAUCAGGAAAGUAUGCAGGCCCUCUAUAGACAAAAGGAUGAGGAGGCACGGUCCACGACCACAACGACAACGACAACGACACAAUCACCGGGAUUUAUGCAAAUUACAUUAAUGAAAAGGCAACAGCUGAAUUCUGUUUAUGUGUCACUUGAAACAACAACAGCAAUGCCUGUCAAAAAUUCAUCUGAUGUCGCGGAUCAAGAGGAUAAAUUAAAAAUUGUUUGCUGUGCCUUUCAAAAAUACAUUGAUUGCAGUGCUUAUGCAAUAGAGAAGGCCUGCGGAAAUGAAACUGCUGAAUUCACUAGAAAUUUUCUUAGCAAAAUGCUUUCGGCAUUAAUGCGACUCCACUGUCAGCAAGAAUACAAAUGUGAGAAAUACUCAUCAUCAGGCGUUAUGAAAUCAUAUCAUGUUAAUCUUAUGGCAAUUAGCAUAAUUACACCAUUAAUCCUCUUAAAAAUUUAUUAA